AUGAGGGAGGGAGACAAUAUCGCUGUAGAAGAUGAUGAUGAUGAUGAUGAUGAUGAUGAUAAAUGGACUGCAGAGGGUGACUACAAGGAUAUAGCCUCUACAGAGGAGGGUGAAGACGAUGAUGAAGGCACUACAGAAGAUGAGGACAUGGACAUAAACACUGCAGAGGAUGAGAACAAAGACAGAAGCACUACAGGUGAUGAGAACCAGGAAAAAGGCACUGCAGAGGAUGAGGAUAUGGAUAUCAUGGAAGAUGAAUUGAUUGUGCCAGACAGUGCUGAGGAUGAUGACAAAUCAGACAUUUAUCCUGCUUUAAAUUCUUCUUCUGUCCUUUUAUGCAAGGAAAGUCUUGAUUCUGAUGAGGAGUCCAAUGAUGUCCCUGAAGAAGAUUCUAUUUCCAGAGAUGUCAACCACAGAGGCGUAUAUGUCAAAUUAGUUGUGAAAAAUGGUUAUACUAACUUGGGGAAGCGAAAAAAGUCUGACCGUGUUUAUAAUUCAACACAUCCGUGUCCACUUUGUGAUAAAACUGUCACUAACUUUUCCCACCAUAUACUUUCAAAAAAACAUGCUAAUGAUGCCGAUGUGACGAAGAUAGGAACUCUGUCUGGGAAAGAAAAGAAAGUUGCCAUUCAGAAAAUGCGCUUGAAGGGAUCACACAAACACAAUAUGAAAGUACUUAAAGAGAAGAAAGGGGAAAUAUUUUUGUUAAGAAGGUCAAGUAAUAAAAAAACAGAUGGAGUGCUUGGGGAGGAGGAUGAGGAGGAAGAUGAGAAUCAAAGUGACUGCAUGGCUACAUUUGAUAUGAGCAAAUAUGGACCGUGCCCAGAGUGCUUAGGAUGGGUCCUAUUGAAGUCAAUCAAGAGACACAUGAAAACUUGCUGUGUUAGCAAAGACCCAACAUCAAGUAAAUGUCAACUGAUUGUUCAGUCAGACUUGUUGUCAGAGAGGAUAACAGAGGAGGCUUCAAAAGCUUUGGUAUCAGAGACAUUUACAAUCAUGCAACAAGAUGAGGUGGCAAAGGUCGCAAAAAAUGAUAGUCUCAUUGUUACUCUAGGGAACACUUCCAUGUUGAGGAACGCAGGUAACAAGGUGAUGCGUAGGUAUUACACAUCCUCAGUUAUGAGGUUGGCUGCAAAAUUUAAAAUGGAAUUAUUAGGGAUGGAUUGUACUGAUCUAAGGGAAGAGAAAAACAAGGAUGAUUGUGACCAAGGGGAAGGGAAAGACGGUAAUUCAAUGAAAAAAGAACUGAGUGAAUUUCUUCGUCCACAGUGUUUUGACAUGAUUGUAGCAGCAGCAUUGAAAUGUAGUUGUCAAGAUGCAAUGGAUGAAGAGGAUCUGAAAACACCCAGCAAUGCACUCAAAUUGGGAUAUGAUAUAAAGAAAAUGGUGUCUGCAAAACUUGGGAGAGCCCUCAUGAAAGAUGAUGCAGGAAAUCAGAAAGAUGCAGAAGGCUUAUUAAAGCUUAUGGAUAUGGAAUGGGGAGUACGUGUUAACAAACUUGCCAGAAUAGCUCUGACAGAGCGGUCCUUCAAUGCAGAAAGACAGCUUCCUCUUCCAGAAGACAUUAAGAAGCUUUGCGCAUAUCUACUGACAGAAAUUGGGAAACUGGACUUGACUGAUUGUUCCUAUGAGAAUUUUCGUAAAGUUGCAACAUUGUCACUGGCGAGGACUGGCAAAGGAGUACCUGUCCUUAUUCCAGCAGAUGUGAGAGAUACCAUGAACUUUUUGAAUAAUCCCGAAGUGCGACAGCAAUGCAUUGAAGAUGUCAAUCGAUAUGUGUUUGCAAAUUCAAACAUUGGAGUGAUCCGAGCUUAUGAUGCCAUAAGGACAGCAGCCAAUCAAGCAGGACUUCAAAUGCCACACCUAAUCAGAACUAGCAACAUGAGGAAGUAUUUUGCCACAAUGUUACAGGCAUUUGAUACAACAGAGGCGGAGAGACAGUGGGUAGUUGACCAUUUAGGCCAUACGAUGGAUGUCCACCGAUUCCAUUACAGACAAACCUCUGAUUUGCUUGAACGUGUUGAUGUUGCCAAGCUUCUGUUGAUCCAGGAUCUGGAUCUCUUUGAUGCCACUGAUGAUUCGAAUACCUCAUGCUCUUCAGCAUCAGCUACAGUGACCUCUAGCUCCACCACAUCUUCAAUGAAUUCAUCAGGCUCAGCUAGCUCCUCAUCUUCAGAUGGAGUUUUGUCCAAAUCCCCUGCUCAAAACACAAUCUAUGAUGAGGAUUUUAUUCCUUAUUCAUCCAAUUCCGAUGAAGAUGAUGAUAGCAUUUCACCAG